AUGGAGCGAAAAACCCUAGCCACUACGCCUCCGCUUCUACUCUCCUCUUUCUUCUUCCAUCUUCGAGGAGCUGCAUUUGGUUCAUCAAAGACGUUUCAUUGUCUUCUGCUUCUCUCAUGUCUAUUGCUCUCCUCAGUCAACACAUUGCACAACUUGGCUGAGUACGACUCUUAUCGAGGUUCCAAUGGCUACAACACUCCUGCUUCUAAAGCGUUUCAGAGCUUCGACGGUGGAGAUUCCGAGAGUGUAGCUAUCCAGAAUGUCUGCCCCAGCUCACAGCUCUUCUCUUUCCUUUCAGCUUUAAGAUCAGAGAAUCAGUUUGAUCCAGUUGUCCCCUUCUUCGGGCUGUCCUGUCCCACCAAGUCAUGGAGUAACUCUGCUCUGAUAAGUAACAAUCUCUCUGGUGUUGUGUGGCUAUCUCUGAAGCCUGUCCACAUCAUAGAAUUUCAGCCUUUUGCUGGAAUCUUCCACAUUGGAGGAGCCACCACUCCUUUGUCUAGAGAGCUCCAUGGUAACAAGAACGCAGGAGAGUUGAGUCUUUCGGUUUCUGGAAGACAGUGUGGAGGAAAUGGUAAUAAUAAUCAGUAUGAAGGGUUCUCAUCAGAAACAGGGGAUUACAUAAAGUUUCUCUUUUUCUACCAGACCGGGCUCUCUUGGGCGUCUGGAGUUGCUGUCUUUGCAGUACCUAUGAAGGCAACAGCGCCUGUUUUGAUGCUUAAUCUUUGCAAGAAACCAGUCUUUUGGAUGCGGACCAAGAAACUCUCAGUUGCGGUUCUUGUUGCUGCUGCGUUACUCAUCCUGAUAUUCUGCUUCAACGAUAACUUCAUGGACGAAAACAAUAAGAGAAACCAGAGUGAGGUUAAGAAAGUUGAGAAGAAGCCAUCUACGAUCACAAUCUCCCCUGAAAUGGAUUCUCUGCUUAGGUCCAUAAGCCAAGGGUCCAAUGAGGUUUCCGAGAACAGUAUAAAGCCAAUUGCUUCUGUUACUUCUUCUUCAUCUUCACAAGCAGAAACAUCAGAAGCUGCGAGUCUAAGUGUAAAGACUGCGAAAGACAAGAAGAGACGUCGAAACAAGAAGAAGAAGAAAGGAGCAGUCACCGGGUUAACAUCCGAACGCACAGAUGUUUCAAGCAGUCAAAGUGGAAACUCAACUCCAAGGUCUCCAAUGUCACCAGAACCACAAACUACUCAAGCUACAAGGAAGCCUCCUAAACCGAUCCUAUCGCACUCAGCAACGUUUCCGGUUUCAGGGGUUAAGUCAAUGAUCAUACAAGGAAGCGCUCUGGCUCCAAAUGUGAGAGCUCCUGGAGCGAAAAUAAGAACUGAAGUGAAAGAAGAGAAGGCGAAAGAGUAUAGGUAUGAUAUCUGGGGAGACCAUUUGACUGGGCUUCAUUUGCUGGAUAGGUUUAAGGAGGUGAAAGAAGGUAAAAGCAUCUCAGGUUAUGGUGAAGUUGAUGAUGAGUGUGAGAGUUUCUUUGUUAAGGGUCCUCAAAACUUGUUAGCAGACUCUCAUGCCAGUUUUGUAAGUUCCUGCAACCAGUGGGGCUAA